AUGGCGGGGUUGAUCUGCUUCGCCAUGAUGAUGUGUAACUUUCUGGCAGCGGGACCCUCGAUCGCGUUGCUGGAUACAGCCUUGGAGUUCUUCCCCGCGGCCGCCACCGAUACUGAUGUUCUCAGUCUCGCGAUCGCCAGGACUGCCUACUUCUUCACGACGACCGCCCUGCUCCAGGGGGUGGGCAACUUCUUCUGGGUGCCGCUCGCCAACAAGUUUGGCCGGCGGCCAGUCUACGUUGCGAGCUACUCCAUCUACUUUGCAUGCACGAUAUGGCUCAUCUUUGACCACUCGUACGGUGGCUUCUUGGCCGGCCGGAUCCUGAUGGGAUUUGGCGCUGGAGCCGCAGAGACGAUUGCGCCUAUUUCCAUCGCUGACGUCUUCUUUCUGCACGAAAGAGGAACCAUCAUGGCUCUGAUCACCAUCAACCAUAACUGGAGAGUCAUCUACCAAGUUUCUGCCGCUUUGAUCGGCGUUGUGCUCCUACUGGCAUUCUUCACCUUCCCCGAGACCGCCUACGAGAGAGACGAAGCGAGCGCCUGGAACCGCCUGGGUUCGAUAGACGGGAGCAAACCCGGGUCGAUGAGGUCGGAAGGCGAGCUGCCCGCUCGCCCGCUAGAAGCUUCGACGACGACAAGACGCUCAAAGCAAUCAUACCUUUCUUCGCUGAAAAUCUUCAACAGGACGCUGACGCAAGAGAGCCUUCUGAAGCUCGCGCUGCGGCCCCUGGGCCUGAUCCUGUUGCCGCCGGUCCUCUGGGCGGCGCUGGUGCAGGCCGUGACGGUCGGUUUCCUCGUCGCUGUGUCCUCCAACGCCGGUUCCGCCUUCUACACCGCCUACGGAUUCGAUUCGUGGCAGAUUGGCCUCUGCUUCAUUGCCGGCAUCCUCGGUGCGCUACUCGGUAUCCCGGCAGGCGGGCAUCUUGGUGACAUGAUUGCGGAUUGGUUUACCAGACGAAACGGCGGGAUGCGGGAUCCGGAGAUGCGACUUCCUGGCAUGGCCAUCAGUAUGGUCACGACGCCCUUGGCCCUCGUCCUCUACGGCGUCGGAAUCGAUAGCCAGCUGCACUGGAUCUGUCCCACCAUCGGUCUUGGACUUCUUACCUUUUCCAUCUCCCAGGGAACGAAUAUCUGUCUCGUGUACGUGAUUGAUGCCUACCGUCCCGUCGCCGGCGAAAUCACCCUGGCAGUCAUGGGCUUCAAGUCGCUCUUCGGCUUCCUGUUGUCCUUCUACACCAAUACCUGGGUCGAAAAGGCAGGGUACGACAAUGCCUUUGGGGCCAUGGCGGGAAUCGCAUCUGCCGUCUUGGUCCUGUGGGUGCCGUUAUUCGUCUGGGGCAAGGCGAUACGACACGAGUCGUGGAAGUGGCCGAUCAUCCGGUAUAUCCAUUGGAACGAAGACAGGGAGGUAGGGGAAUAA